CGAUUCACUGCCCAUUCGUUUCACAUCAUAUCCAACGACUGCAAGAAUAUCCGUAUUUUGAAUCUGUCUUCAUGUAAGUGGAUCUGCAGUCCACUCCUACUGCCUGUCAUCCAAUGCAACCCCAAUAUCGUGGUGCUGGACAUCUCCGGCUGCUAUGAACUCACGAAUGAUAUUCUCCACAAAUUGGCCUCAAAUUGUAAAUCAUUGAAAACAUUGAAACUACAGGACUGUCAUUGGGUUAACGCCAAUGCCAUCACAGACAUCGGACUCAAUUGCCAUCAGCUCGAGGACUUAAAUCUCGGCAGUUGUUGGGAAGUGUCCGACGACUCGGCCAUCGAUCUGAUCACUAAUUGUCAUAAUUUAAAGCAACUGUCGCUCUCGAAAAUCUAUGGCAUAACCGACAGAACAUUGUUUGCAUUGGCAUCAAAUGCUAAGCAUCUGGAGUAUCUGGAUGUGUCCGGGUGCUGGCGGAUCACCGACUAUGGCAUCAGGAAAAUUGGUGAAUACUGUAGUGAGUUGUCGCACCUAAAAGUGGGCGACUGCAGGGAUGUGACAGAUGAGAGUCUG